GCUGGAAUCUCCCCGCUCGCCUCCCCCCAGCUACAGCAGCGGCAGGGGAGAAGCCAGAGAAGUUUCCGAGCAAGUCUGAUUGGUUCGGGGGGAGCUGGAACACGGCCCCCCACUUGUGCUCCCUGGCAGUGAGACUGACAGGGAGCCCGGGGAGCUGCCCGCCGCGUGGGGUGCGCAGGAGGAGCUGCGAUGAAGCCCUGCGAAGAGGAGGGGCUGGGGGCUGCGGCCGGAGGGGACCCCUGGAAGGAGUGUAUGGAGGCGGCGGUGCAGCUGGCGCGGCGGGCUGGGCAGAUUAUUAAGAAAGCUCUUACAGAGGAAAAACAAGUGUCUACAAAAACAUCUGCAGCAGAUCUUGUGACAGAAACUGAUAAUUUUGUGGAAAAUGUGAUUAUUUCUGCUCUGAAAGAGAAGUUUCCCUCCCACAGGUUUAUUGGAGAAGAGUCCACUGCUGCUGGUUCAAAAUGUGUCCUCACUGACAAUCCUACCUGGAUUAUUGAUCCCAUUGAUGGAACCUGCAAUUUUGUGCACAGGUUUCCAACAGUGGCAGUUAGCAUUGGAUUUGCUGUUAACCAAGAGCUUGAAUUUGGUGUAAUUUACCAUUGCACUGAAGAACGAUUAUACACUGGUAGAAGAGGUCAAGGGGCAUUUUGUAAUGAAAAAAGGCUUCAGGUGUCAAAAGAGACAGAUAAGUCGAAGGCCUUGAUCUUAACAGAAAUUGGUCCAAAACGUGACCCUGAGACUUUGAAAUUGUUCCUCGGUAACAUGGAGCGCUUACUCAAAGCCCAAGUACACGGGAUCCGUGUAAUCGGAAGUUCUACCUUGGCUCUGUGCCAUCUAGCAUCGGGUGCUGCAGAUGCAUAUUACCAGUUUGGUUUACAUUGCUGGGACUUGGCAGCAGCUACUGUCAUUAUUAGAGAGGCAGGUGGUAUUGUGAUAGAUACUUCAGGGGGACCUCUAGAUCUCAUGUCAUGCCGAGUGAUUGCUGCCGGCACUAAAGAGAUGGCCAUGUUCUUAGCUCAGGAAAUACAAACUAUUCACUACAGACGGGAUGAUGAGAACUGAGUGACAUUAAAUACAUUUACAAGUAACAUGGAGUUUGUCCUUCUAAGCUACUUAACUUCUUCCAAGAUGGGUGUCUUAGAGGGUACAUGAUUUUAACAACAUGCUUUCUGUGCAAGUCUUCUGUGUCAAAUGUUUUAAACAAUUUUAUUACAAUGUGGCUUCCCAACAUUGUGGGGUGGGGGAAGGGAGAUUUUUAAAACCUCUAAGAUUUGUGGCUUCUUUUUAAUAUGCAUCUAUUUCAGCAGUACCUUUUUUAUAUGAUCACCUGUAGCGCUUGUUGCCAGAUUCAAAGUUUCACAUCUGUUCAGGCUGAAACUGAGUCUUUUGUAACAUAUGCAACUAAAAAGAAAACUUUAUUUUUACAAAACACAGAUCUCAGGUAAAUGAGCUUUAGGAUUGUAGUAGAUGAUAAGUAGUUAAAAUGUGUGCCUACCAUACCCAUAUUCAACAGUACUUGAGAAUGCAAUAAAAAGUGUUGUUACUCCAUUUCUCUUUUCUAACUAUAUCAUGGCCAUAUAUAUGUAUAUUUUGGAUGUUUACAGUGAUUUACAAAGUGUACAGAAGAAGGUGAUUUUAGGUAUUUGUUUCAAGGAAGUGUAUAUAUUACCUUUAUGAAUGCAGUGGGAGUUACCUAUAUAGUUAAUAACAGAGCUGCUAAAAAAAUGGAAAAUAUUUCAUGAUUUUUUUUUUUCAAAUUGUCCAACCAACUCUAGCUUAUAGAGAAUGUUAACCAAUUGGGGCCAAAUCUUACAGUCCUUAUUGAACCCUUACUGAGAGCUCAAACCUGCAAACAUUUACUACCAUGGAGUAGCUGUGACUAGUGGGCAGAGUGCUUACUACCAUGAGUACUGAUGUCUGUGGGGACUAUUUACAAUGGUAAAUACUAUACAUGGUAGUUAGUUCUGGAAAAUAGGGUCCUAUGUCAAGGAACUAUUGACUUCAGUGGAAGUUUCGCCCAAGAAGAAACUGCAGGAUUUGGUCUUUAGGGGUAAAUUGUAAAAAUGGGCACCUUAGUUGUGCUUGCAAAAGGAUAAUUGUAAACAAAGUAUUCAUUUGCACGUACAAUUGUAGUCACCUUCAGAAUAUAUGGAAACCCUGUAAAGUAAAUGACUAAAUCUAAAAACACAAAAAUUCUGUGCAACUCUAGUUUUGUGUUUGGCACUUUUUUUAAAAUCAAGUUGAUACUUUCUGUUUUUUUUUUAAAAGAAAUCAUAUCAUCUGACACUACUGAACUUUUUAAAUGUUAGUGUCCAGAUAAGAAUCUGAUUUUAAACAUGGGGAUUUACCUCUAGUUUUUCUAUUGAUGUUGAGAAUUCAAAUCUACAAUUAUUUUUUAAUAAUACAAAGAAACAAAAAGGCCCCCAAAAUACAUAUAGGUCUAAAUUUUCAAAAUCAGUUCCUAAAUUGCACGUGCAGACUAUGUAAAUGUGCAUGUAAACUGCAAUGAGAAACUGGAAAUUGAGUAUACAGUUAUCUAUUUUGCAUGCACAACUAAAGAACACAUUGUUAAAAAUAUUAGCCGUUGUACAUGCCUUUUAAUUUUCUUCUGUGAAAAAUGUUUUUCAUUACGAGUAUAACUCGUAUACUGUAUUUUUUAAAAUGAGAAAUGCAAAAUGCUGGCUGUGGAGAGAAUGGCUAAAAUAUAGGGCCCUGGUUUAGCAAAGCAUUUAAGCACAUGCUUAAGUCUCAUUGGCCCUGAUUCUCCUCUCCAUCAAAGCACACCUCAGCCGCAGAGGACAAUGACAGAUGCAGGAAGCUGGCUGUAAUUCCCUGAUCUCUGGCCACUUAGCCAGGGCAGAAGACAGAGUAGGCCCCCUGCUGCUCUAGCUUCUGCCACUGAUUGAUGUAAGUUCUGUAAAUGGAUCUUACACCUGCAGAGAAACAGGUGUAGUGGAGUUCAGCUCCACCAUUCCCCCUCUCGGUCCACCAGCCUAUCCCUUCUUUUCCUUAUGCCAGAGAGAGAGCUGGUUUAGGAGGUGUCUAUACCACCUCUACCAGCUUUACAUCAGUAGAGAUUCCUUGUACGCAGGAAGACUCUCUGGCUGGUUUAAAUUCACUCUGCACCACUUACAUGGUGCACUUAAUGGAUGAAAGAAUCCUGCCCACUGAUUUUCAUGGCAUUUGAGCGCACUUAAAGGCUUUGCUGAAUUGGGGCCUCAGUGAGGUGGGGAGGGGAAUGUCCAGAAAUCCAGUCUCGGAUUCACCUGUUACUGUCAUGGAUAAAACAUUAUUUUUUAAAAAUAAAUAGAAGGCUUCUGAGAGUUGAUGAGCGCCUCAGACUCCUACUGAUGUUAGUGGAGUUACAGCUGAUCAGUAGCUUCAGAAGGCCCAGAGUUUGCAGUGCCAUUGGCCACGAUGAUUCCCACAUUUUACUUAGAAUUAUUAAUUAGCUGACAGUUCUUAGAGGUAAAUCCUGUACUAGAUUUUGACCUUCCCGUCCAUCUUU